AUGAACCGAACCCCGCGACCCUUGAGAUCCGCCAAUCGCCAUGGUAUCUCGUAUGUCGACGCACUCGCCCACACAGACAACGAAAAUACACCUCCUGUAUUCGACGCGGAAGCCAUUUCCUCCUCGUCAGCAACCUCGAGACGCUCGACGAGCCCUAUCAAGCGCGUAGCAGCAUUACACGAGAUUGGCGGUGGCAUUUUUUUCCGCAACUUGUCAGACAAUGCAGAGGAGCUCGAAAACGAGGGUCGACAACUGUCGUGGGAUCUAGAUGACUCGGCAUCCGGCCUCAAGACGAUCCCAAGGUCCCUUGAGUUUUCUUGCAUCAAGGCGGUUGUUCGGGAGUCGAGAAGGUGCGAUGAGGAGUGUGAACCCGAGGCGGAGUGGAAUGGCGCAGUACAUGGUUUGAUCCUGCGAAUUGUCUUCGGUGGCAACGACAGCUCUGUAGGAUACCGCUGCAUGACGUCCGAUAAGAUCGACUCUCGAUGGCUUCCGAGACACUCAGCUGGCUUCUUCAGCUCCCGCAUGAUCGACUAUGGCAUCUACCUAGAAGACGGUGAACAGAGCCAGAAACCCUCAGGGACCCUUCAGGAGAGACUGAACAGGCACGCCAUCGCGCCGUCCGUCAACCACAUCAACAGGCUUGGCCUGCGCAGCAAACCAAUUGCGCUGCGCAGAUUGAACGCCUGA